CAAUCCUGAUCCUCCAACGUGGUCCCUAUCUACCACCUCUCUCUUUCUCUCCCUCCCUCUCUCUCUCGAUCUCGAGGAUCCCCUGAUUUUUUUCUCGCCCUCCUUCUCCCUUCUCCCCCUUUUCAUUUGUUCUUCACUCUGGUCAGUGAACACUACUUUCCCCUACGCACAUUUCAGCCGACCUCUCCAACCAACUCGACCUUGAAAAGGAGAUUCCUUCUUGAAUCUUGUUCCGUGGUUCUGAGUAACGUAACCCAUCAAUGGUAUCUUCCCUCCAGAUCCCCUUCUCUUCUAUUUUCACUGAUACCCAUUUCCAAAGAAAGGAUGCAUCUGCCAAUCUCUUGUCCAAGUCCCUCUUCCCUUCUCUGGGAGUGGGGACUACCAGUCUCCGUACUGGUCCUCAGCGUCGACCUUGUUCCGGUUGUAAUAGAAGGACGGGUGCCUUCCAGGCGUCCUUGUUAGAAAGCCCCGUUUUGUGGGCUGGACGAGUAUGCAUCUACUAUGCUCUCCUGAAGGCAGGACUGGCUGGUUCCCAGAGCAAUCCAUUAAUUUCUGAAACUGGGAAUGAUGUUCCCCUCUCUACGUGGCUUGACAACUUGAUGGGAAAGUCAGAGGAUGACGAAGCGAACAGCAGAAGGAAACUGGUCAGUAAAUGGCAUCCUACAACAAAGGGCACAUUAAAGAGGAGCUACAGGGUUCCCUCAAAAUCAGUAGGUCGACGCCUGCUUCAAUCUAUUGCCUCCUUGCUCUCAGAAGAUGAUAAUUUCGUAGAUGCUAGUUCCCACAAGGGGUGUCGGAUCAGGAGGGAGAGUGCUCAUGGUGAAACUGUUUGCUGUAACAACGUAAGAGCCUUGUUUGAUGAGCUUCCCACUCCCCAUCUGGUAGUAGAGAUCACAGCUUUCCCUGCUGGCCCAUUAACUGACGAGGAUUACGCCAAGGCAGAGAAAUUGGAGAAGGUGCUCCGUUCCGGUGCUUCAAUUUAGGAAGCUGGAGUUUCAGAAGCUCCCAUCCUGUAAAUUCAUUCUUUCCAACCUUUCGAAUGUAUAAGCUUGCUUGCGCUUUUGUCAGGUCCUCCGUUGAAUCUUCUUUCAAGAAAAGACCAUGUAUUAAUUCCCUCUUUAGUAUGUUCUUUCCUUUUC